GUGGAGGUAAUUCCGCGCUAUGGUUUCGAACCUUCCGAGGAGGGGGUGGAGAUGAUGCUCAGGAGCUUCACGUUGUUCCAUGGCGACCCGGACAUCUACAUCAACGAGGUCGCCAUCAAAGAGGCGCUCUCUUUGGAGGUGAAAGCCUCCAAGGCCGUUUGCUGCUCUGAUCUGGUUCUUCACGUAGAGCUUUACAGUACGCCAGCUUGCAGGCUUUUUCCGUCAGCAUCGUAG